AUGGCACUAAGUUUACGGCAAAUUCUUCCUGACCUUCUCACCAUCAGCAAUCACCGCAUGGUAAUGGUUUUAAUCUUAUUCAUAACCACACUAUAUCUCGCGUACAGGAAGAAGAUUUCAAUAUACUUACUCGACUACACUUGCUACAAGCCACCUUCAUUCUAUCGCCUACCCCUGUCCAUGUUUGUAGAGCACAUUCUGCUCCACGAACAAUUUGAUCAAAACAGUUUGGCAUUCCAAAUUAAAAUUCUGGAAAAAUCAGGUUUCAGUGGAGAAACCUGCAUUCCUCCAUCCUUAAGUCAACUUCCCAUAACAAAGUCUCUUGCAUUCAACAAAGAUGAAGCUACAACAGUAAUCUUCACAGUAGUCAGGGAGUUGUUAGAGAAAACCAACAUAAACCCUAAAGCCAUAGAUAUAUUGAUCAUGAAUUCUAGCAUGUUUUCACCUACACCUUCACUCAGUGCAAUGGUUAUUAACAAGUUCAAAAUGAGGAGCAAUAUAAUGAGUUUCAAUCUUUCUGGUAUGGGAUGUAGCUCAGGAAUUAUAUCAGUAGGUUUAGCUAAUGAUCUUUUACGAGUUCAUAGAAACUCGUUGGCACUUGUUGUGAGCAGUGAAAUCUUGAGUCAGAACUGGUAUACUGGGAAGGAUCGUUCAAUGUUGCUAACCAACUGUCUAUUUAGAAUGGGGGGUGCUGCAAUUCUAAUGUCUAGUCGAGAUCGGGACAGGAAGAAAUCAAAGUACGUGCUACAAAACCUUGUAAGAACAAAUCGAGCAGAAGAUGAUCAAUCUUAUGCGUGUGUUUUCCAGGAGGUUGACAAUGAAAACAAAGUAGGAGUGUCCAUAUCGAAGAACGUCUUGAAUGUAGCAGGAGAAGCAUUAAAAACAAACAUGGUUUUGUUAGGUCCUAUGGUCUUGCCAUUGACAGAACAAUUUCAAUAUGGGUUGUCCUUAAUGUUGCAGAAAAUGAAGAUUUUAGGCAAGAAAAGCAUCUAUAUACCAAAUUUCAGAAAAGGGUUUGAGCAUUUCUGUAUACACGCGGGAGGAAGGGCUGUUAUUAUGGCGAUAGAGAAAAGCCUUAAAUUGCAGAAAGAAGAUGUUGAAGCCUCAAAAAUGACUCUGCAUAGAUUUGGGAAUACGUCUUCCUCUUCUAUAUGGUAUGAACUUAGUUAUACAGAAGCCAAAGGGAGAAUGAGGAAAGGUGACAGAAUAUGGCAAAUUGCAUUUGGAAGUGGAUUCAAGUGUAACAGUGCAGUAUGGAGAUGUGUAUGCAACAUCAAGCCUGAGAAAACUAAUGCCUGGAUAGAUACUAUCGACUUGUAUCCAGUUGACGUGCCAGAUACCUUAGAGAUAUAG